CAGACAGAAGGCUUCACGUCCGCCAUUUGCGGGAAUCAGGAGGAAAAUUGUGAUUAUUCUGAAGAUUUUUCUUAUUUCCAUAAGGAUAUUGUGUUGAAAAUCCAUGGAUUAGGGAAUGGGCAUGGACUAACAAGCAAAUAGGUGUCAUCAUUCCUGACCCAAAUGGAUUGUACCUGAUUUUUUUCCAAGUGCCAAGGCAACACAGACUGUAAGAACUCCAUCUUGGUUUGAAGAAGGUGAUUUGGAAGUAAAAUCUUUCAUGACUGGAGGUGGUCCAAUGGACGUCUUGGGAGAAAGUGAGGCCCUGCAACAGUUUUUUGAUGGGCAGGAUGUCACUGAUGUGGUGGACACCAGCAUGCUAGAGCAGUAUCUCAGCAAUGAAGUUGAACACAACAGUUUCAUGCUUCCUGAGUCACCACCAUAUUCCGGUUCCGAACCCUGCUCUCCUCCUCAAAUGACCGACGUCCAUCUUGGGACGACAAGCUGGUCGCCGGGGCGACUGCCUGAGGGAGCCCUCGACCCUGCCACAGCCAGGGCCGCUGCAGUGUCCUGCAGGUUUAAAGAGAGGCCAGAUGCCCCCUACGGCGCGCCACUCCGCCACAACCCAGCCCACCCCCUCCCACAGCUCCACCCCCAGCUCCACCCUCACCUCAGCAACCUCCAAGCCAGUGCUUACCCCGCCACUCAGACCCACGAACCGCCCAUCCACCCGCAGUACCUGAGCCCAGCAGACAGCUACAUUCAGGCUCAGCGCUCUCCCGUAGCUCCGGGACAGGAGACCCUUCAGCAUGCCCAGGUUAUGGGCCCACAGGGGGCCUACCCCAGGACUAACCCCCCCUGCACUCCCUCCAUCUCCCCUUGUCUUGUCCAGAGUCCAGUGGGGCCAGAGUUCCUCCAACACUCCUCCAUCCAGCAACUAGGGCCUGUUCUGACAGACAGUAACAAGAGGAGACGGUCAGAGUCAUUUGAAGCAGCUGCAGACAAUGGACCAUGGGGCGUCUCGGUCUGGACCAAGGGUGCUUACAUGGGCACAGAAGGUGGUGGGUGUGAGAUGUCCACCUAUGACAGCGAUACGGCCACAGGCAGCUCUGGGCAAGGGUACCAGCUGCUGGCAUGGGACAAGUACCAGCCUGACCAGUGGUGCACCCUCUACAACAACCAAUACGAAAACCUCCCACCACCUGGUUAUCAUGUGGACACAGAUAAAGGCUUCAACUACUCCUCCGCCGAUGAGGCCUUUGUGUGCCAAAAGAAGAACCACUUCCAGGUCACAGUUCAUGUGCGAGUGGUGGGUGACCCCAAGUAUGUCAAAACCCCCACAGGCCCAGCAUCUAUCGACAGCUUCCAUGUUAAAGUCUUUGGAAUGAAGUUGGAGGCUCACAGUAAUCUCAUCACGAUUGAGCAGUCACAGUCAGAUCGUAGCAAAAAGCCGUUCUUCCCUGUCAACGUUAAUCUGCCAGGAGAUAAGAUCACCAAGGUAACACUGGGAAGACUGCAUUUCAGUGAGACCACAGCCAACAACAUGAGAAAAAAGGGCAAACCCAACCCUGACCAGAGAUAUGUUCUGAUGGUGGUGGGGCUGUAUGCAUCAGUGAGGGGAGAAAGCCAUCUGGUGGUGGCUCACAUGUCAGAGAGAAUUAUAGUCAGGGCUUCAAACCCUGGCCAGUUUGAGAAUGACAGUGAGGUCCACUGGCAGAGGGGCCAGGCGCCCGACUCCGUGGUGUGCCAGGGCAGGGUGGGCAUCAACACAGAGACACCUGACGAAGCCCUGGUGGUCUGUGGCAAUGCCAAAAUCAUGGGGUCAGUCAUGCAUCCCUCUGACAGACGUGCCAAGGAAAACAUACUCGAGGUGGACUCGACAGAGCAGCUGAGGAGGAUAGCUCAGAUGAGGAUUGUGGAGUACGACUACAAGCGAGAGUUCGCCGAAAAGAUGGGCAUCGAGCACGUCCACGAAACAGGUGUCAUUGCUCAGGAGGUGAAGGAGGUUCUACCAAACGCUGUCAAGGAGGUGGGGGACAUAACCUGCACGGAUGGAGAGAAAAUUCAGAACUUCCUCAUGGUGGACAAAGAGCAGAUUUUCAUGGAGAAUGUUGGCGCGGUCAAGCAGCUGUGUAAGCUGACGGGCAACCUGGAGACGCGUAUCCAGGAGCUAGAGGUGUGGAACACUCGGCUGGCCAAAGUCAACCCCCCCGGAAAUGCACAACCCACCGUGCCAAUCAACCCGGCCAGUGCCAAAGGCAAAGUUCACAAAAUCCACACUGUUCCACCCCCGCAACGGAAGCCGUCCUCGUGUGCGUCAGCCAAAAACUACUUCAGUGAGAAGUACAAAAGCUGCUGUCACCACCGGGCUUUUCAAGCUGGGAUCCUGACCGUGGUGGCUCUGAUGGCCUUCUUCGUCAUCUCCAUCACUGCUAUAUAUAUGCUCACGUUAGACGACAACAACUCUCCAGGCUGUGGAGACAGUGGAGUUAUCUUACCAAUUAAUCCUGACCCAACCCAACCAGGGUCAACAGGAGAACCACUCGGACCUUUGCCCCCAGAGAUCCAUUUUUGCUCUCUGCCGGACUGUGACCAGGUUUACUGUUGCCCCUUGGACCCAGGAGAGAGCCACCAUACCACCUCCCCUUCCAUAACCUUAGAACCCCAUUCACCUGCCACACCACCAGGUGAAAGACUGGAGUCCAUGUGCAUACAAGAAUACAGGAAAAGGACAAACGCAACACUCCAGGCCAUAAUCAUCAUGCAAAGUGAGCAAAUCAUUGAUGACCGCUACUGCCUGCAGGGGAUGUGUCGGACUGGGAACUACAGCUACAGGAUCCCCAUCAGCAAGUUUGUCCCUGUCAACAUGAGCAUCACUCUCCAGAUGAAUUCCACAGAGCCCCUGGUAGUGCACAAAUGCCAUGCAGAUGAGACCAAUGAAUGUGACCCUACCGUGACCCCUAGUAAUGUGGAAGAACAUCAUAACAGCACUAAGGGUUAUCUGCAUACAUGGACAUUACCAGUUGCUCGACUCCAUCAAAGUUCUUACCACUUCCGCGCUGCAAAAGCUGGGGCAGACUGCAGUACCGACCCCAGCCAUAUGGGGGCAUCGUUCACAGAUUACCACCUUCACUUCUAUCGCCGUUGUAAUUGAGAACCAGCUUGAUUGACCCUGCACCCCCAUUCUCUACCUACUGUCUAUUAUAUGCAUUGGGACAGUGUGUAUGUUUUUGCUGUUGACGUUUUAGACAGAAAUAGAGGGCAAGAGACAGAGAGUCUAUUGUUAAAUAUUUUCAACUUAAAGUUCUGAUUCAUUAUGACAUUGUUGUACAGCAAUUACUUUUUCCUCAGAAGUUAUAUCAACUGGUAGUUUCCCUUUUUGUCUAUUUAUGAGUGUAAUACUACUUGUAUGUGUAGAAUGGCAUCCUUGGCAAUGGCAAUGGCAAAAUCUUUCUUUUUGCACUGUUUUAAAAAUAAGACUGCAAUUGAUGACUGAUGAUUUGCAGAAUGUAAACAGAAUGUAACCUUCUUCAGGGAUUAUGAAGUUGAAACUUGGAUGGAGAUAUAAUAAUGUAUAUUAUAUGAAAUAUAACUCUGCACUCAGCCGAGUCCCUAGUUCUUACCAGACAUCACUGAGACACAUUGCACUGCAAUUAGCGACUGGACACCGGGACUGAAUUUUUUUUCCCCUCAAACUUGGAUUGAAAGGACAGAAAGGAGCAUGAUAACCCAGAGACGAUGAGCACUUUGAACCACUCCUUACCACUGACAGGUGGAAUGAAUGAAUGAAAGAAUGAAUGAACGAUUGAAUGAAAUAUUAUGCGGUUUUUGUAUUCACUUGUUUUGAACUUUACCUUUAGAUCUUCUAUUAAAAUGUAUUCAGCCCUUGC